AUGGCUGAAAAUUCAAGUGAUCCGCACGAAGAGGACAGGAAUGCAGAGGAAACACAAGAAGUUGAAAUUGAGCCAGUAAACACCUCCGCGGAAUUAGGAGCGCUUCAGCAAUCACCACAGAUGGACGAGUCGGAUAUCGCUGAAAUGAGUAUGAUUGCUGCACAAAUCGAAGCUGCUGAAGAAUUUGACUUGACUUUUGAGACCGUGGACACCUCCGACAUGCAACCGGUAGAAGAAAGGCCAAAAAGUCGACGUCGUUCAAAAGAAGUCAGCCCGCUUCAUGUGAGCGAUCGGCAAGAGAUCGAAGAGUUUUUGGAGGAAGGAUUGAAUGAAUCAGCAGUAGGUUGCAAAACUGAAUGAGAAAGCGAACACUUCAGUAGCAGAAGCUCUCCUAGGCGAAUGGGGCAGCCCGAUGGUGAAUCCACAACGAUCUUCUCAGAGACUGCUGCACUCACUAGAGCGGCAGACUGUACUGAAGGAAGCGUUCGCUGCUUCUACACCGAAGAGUCGUCCACCGCUGAAGGAAAUGGCUCGCAUCCCAACAAACAAAAGGAAACGUCCC